UUUACUAGUGAUGGAAGUAAAAGAUCAUACCAAUCCAACUUGAAGAAACCAAAACAGAAGGGGCCUAUAGACUUGUUUUUUACUCCCGAUCCAAAGAAAGCGGUUCAAGCUAGGAAAGAAGAGAAGAUGAAGCAAACAUCAAUAAAUGAAGCGUGCAAGAAAGAACUAAGAAAAAAGGCAAUGGGAGAUUUUGCUAGGUGGAUGUAUGAUGCUGGGAUACCAUUUAAUGCUGUACGUUUGAGCAGCUUUGCAGUGGCACUUGAAUCGAUUGGACAAUAUGGUCUUGGAAUAAAGCCACUUAGCUAUCAUGAAGUGAGAGUUCCUUACCUAAAGGAGGAAGUUAGUCGAAUGAAAGAGUUGUUGAAGGUCCAUAAGGAGGAAUGGACAAAAUAUGGCUGCUCAAUUAUGUCUGAUGGUUGGAGAGAUUCAGUUGCUAAUAAGGACAUAAUCAACUUUUUAGUGAACUCUUCAAGGGGAUCAGUAUUCAUCAAGUCUAUUGAUGCUUCUAAUAUUGUCAAGAAUGCAGAUAGAAUGUAUAGAUUACUUGAUGAGAUGGUCGAGGAAAUUGGAGAAUCAAAUGUGAUUCAAGUGGUAACUGACAAUGCGUCAAACUAUGUUGCAGCAGGUAAGAACUUAUUUUUAGAACUACUUUCUAUAGUGUAUAUAUUGUUUAUUUUAAUAUUUUAAUGGCUUCAUUCCUUGAUUUUUCAACAGGGAGAUUGUUGGAAGCAAAGAGGCCACAUUUAUAUUGGACACCGUGUGCUGCUCAUUGCAUUGAUUUAAUUUUGGAGGAUAUUGGGAAGAUGCCUUCAAUUCAUGCAACUUUGAAAAGGGCAAUUUUUUUGAAUGGCUAUAUCUAUAAUCGUGUUGGUGUUGUCAACUUGAUGAGACAGUUCACUGGAGGAAAGGAGUUACUAAGACCUGCAGUUACAAGAUUUGCAACUGCCUUCAUCACCCUUCGUUCAGUCCAUCUUCAAAAGAACAACUUGAGGAAGAUGUUUACUUCUGAAGAUUGGAAUACUACUAAAUGGGCAAAGGAGGCGGCUGGCAAAAGAGCAGCUACUAUUGUUUUGAUGCCUACUUUUUGGAGUACCAUCGUCUAUGCUCUUAAGUUAACAGGUCCACUUGUUUGUGUACUCCGUUUGGUUGAUGGGGAAAAGAAGCCUGCAAUGGGAUAAAUUUAUGAAGCAAUGGAUAGGGCUAAGGAAGCCAUAGCUAAGGCUUUUGUUGAGAGAGAGGAUAAAUUCAAGGAGGCAUUUGAAAUUAUUGAUACGAGGUGGGGAUGUCAACUCCAUCAACCGUUGCAUGCAGCUGCACACUACUUGAAUCCAGAAUUUUUCUAUUCAAACCCCAACAUUUUGCAAGAUGAAGAAAUUAUGUCGGGUUUGUACAAAUGUAUUGGAAGGUUACUGCCAACUAUUGAAAUGCAAGAUAAAGUUUCAAAUGAGUUGGAAAAAUACAAUGCCGCUAGUGGCGUCUUUGGAAUUAGUUUGGCAGUGAGACAAAGGAAGACAAAAGCACCAGCGCAAUGGUGGAUGGCAUAUGGAUCAACAACUCCAAACUUGCAAAAGUUUGCUGUGAAAAUUCUUAGCCUCACGUGUAGUGCUACCGGCUGCGAAAGAAAUUGGAGCAUAUUCCAACAUCUUCAUAGCAAAAGGAGAAAUAGGCUAUCCCAGCAAUGCUUGAAUGAUUUGGUAUUUGUGAAAUAUAAUCGAACUCUGAGGCAUCGAUACGACAAACGUGACACCAUUGAUCCCAUCCUCCUAAAGGACAUUGAUGAUAGUAUUGAGUGGUUGAUUGGUAGGAUGGAUGGUGAUUCUGAUGAGGAUGAUGAACUUGUGUUUGAAGAUGAUAAUUUGGCUUGGGAUUCUGUUGCUAGAGCUGCUGGACUAAAUAACUCCCCGCAUCACACUAGAUCAAGAAUAAGUACAAAUAUGCCAUCAUCAUUUAAAGGAAGAGGAAGGGCUUCAUCUAGUAGUGCAACCAGUGCUAGGGGUCGGACCACAAUGUUGGAACUUGUAGAUGAGGAUGAAAUCCAAGUGGAUAGUGCAGAGGAGACGGAAGAGGAAAAAGAUGUUGGAGAAAACAGUUCUGAUGAUGAAGAGGAAGAUGAUGAUAUCUUCACCGACUUAGUUGAUGAUGAGUGAUGAGUGAUGAUUGAGGAGGAUUUUUAGAUUUUAUAUUUGGAAUCUUUUAUUGUACUCUUUUCUUUUGAUGUUGAACUAUGUUGAAUUGUUGAUACUUUUGGGCUUCGUCUUGGCAAUUUAUUAAAUUUCUAAUUUUU